UACGGCGCGGCCAUUUUCUUUUCCAUCACGUUGGAUUACUGUGGUAAUCUGCGGUGAUCAUUGAUAGUGUGACCUGUAAAGUCUUUUCUUUGAUCUCCAACGUGUAAAGAUGGUUCAGAAGAAGAAUGUCAAGGGAAAGAAGGGGAAGAAGAAGAUCGCAGCAGCUCCGCUGUCUUCCAAAAAACCAGAGCAGAAGAAGGUGGUUAACCCGUUGUUUGAAAAGCGCCCUCGUAACUUCAGCAUCGGCCAGGAUAUCCAGCCGAAACGCGACCUCACUCGCUUCGUAAAAUGGCCUAAGUACGUUCGCAUCCAGCGUCAAAGGGCCAUACUCUACCAGCGCAUCAAGGUUCCCCCACCGAUCAACCAGUUCACCCAGUGUCUUGAUCGCCAAACAGCAACCAAUCUGUUCAAGUUACUCGACAAGUACCGUCCAGAGACAAAGGCUGCUAAGAAGCAGAGGUUGAUGCAGCGCGCUGAGGAAAAGUCAAAGGGCAAGGAGGAUGUCCCAACCCGUCGUCUGCCUGUCGUGCGGCAGGGUGUGAACACGGUCACUUCCCUGGUGGAGCAGAAAAAGGCUCAGCUGGUUGUCAUUGCCAACGAUGUUGAUCCCCUUGAGCUUGUGCUCUUCCUGCCUGCCCUAUGCCGUAAGAUGGGUGUCCCGUACUGCAUAGUCAAGAACAAGUCCCGUUUGGGCCGCGUUGUGCGCAGGAAGACCUGCACGUGUCUCGCCCUUGCCCAGACCAACUCGGAGGACCGCUCUCAACUUUCCAAGUUGGUGGAAGCGAUCAGGACAAACUUCAACGAUCGUUACGAGGAGAUCCGCAAGCACUGGGGUGGUGGUCUUCUGGGCAACAAGUCAGCAGCUCGUAUUGCAAAGUUGGAGCGUGCCAAGGCGAAGGAGCUGGCUCAGAAGGUUGUCUAAGCAUGUGGAGCACUCAAUAAAGACCCUCUCUUUGA